AAAAAAAAAAGAAAAAAGGAAAAGGCAAAGGAGAGGAGAAAAGAAGCCAGCAAGAGACUGAAAAGAGCAAGAGGAAAGUAGCAGCUAAGGACUGUGAAAUCACCUCCCCUUCCUGGGGCUGUCAAUCAGAGCGAGAGUUACACGUUAUUAUUAUUGUUUUUCUUUCUCCAUUUAUCUACCUACAUCCAUAAGAAGAGAGAGAAAGAGAGAUAAGUACAGACAGUGAAACUCGACGAGACCAGCCAUGGUAGCAAGGGCUCAGCCUGAUCGGAAACAAUUACCGCUGGUCCUACUGAGAUUGCUUUGCCUUCUCCCUACAGGGCUGCCAGUCCGCAGCGUGGAUUUUAACCGAGGUACCGAUAACAUCACCGUGAGGCAGGGGGACACAGCCAUCCUCAGGUGUUAUGUAGAAGACAGAAGCUCCAAGGUGGCCUGGUUAAACCGUUCUGGCAUUAUUUUUGCUGGAGAGGACAAGUGGUCCCUGGACCCUCGAGUAGAGCUGGAGAAGAGAAACCCCCUGGAAUACAGCCUGCGGAUCCAGAAGGUGGAUGUCUACGAUGAGGGGUCCUAUACAUGCUCAGUGCAGACACAGCAUCACCCCAAGACUUCCCAGGUUUACUUGAUUGUGCAAGUUCCACCAAAGAUCUCCAAUAUCUCUUCGGACAUCACCGUGAAUGAAGGCAGCAACGUGACUCUGGUUUGCAUGGCAAAUGGGCGUCCUGAGCCUGUCAUCACCUGGAGGCACCUUACCCCAACAGGCAGAGAGUUUGAAGGCGAGGAAGAAUAUCUGGAGAUCCUAGGGAUCACACGAGAGCAAUCGGGCAAGUACGAAUGCAAAGCUGCCAACGAGGUUGCUUCAGCAGACGUCAAGCAAGUCCGAGUCACUGUGAACUACCCUCCCACCAUUACAGAGUCCAAGAGCAAUGAAGCGGCCACAGGACGACAAGCUUUACUCCGGUGUGAGGCAUCAGCAGUGCCCACGCCUGAUUUUGAGUGGUACAGAGAUGAUACCAGGAUAAACAGUGCCAACGGCCUGGAGAUAAAGAGCACGGGGACCCAGUCUCUGCUGAUGGUGGCCAACGUCACUGAGGAACACUAUGGGAACUACACCUGCGUGGCUGCCAACAAGCUGGGAGUCACAAAUGCCAGCCUAUACCUUUACAAACGAGUUUUACCCACACUCCCCAAUCCUUUUCCAGGACCCGGCACGGGGAGAGUAGACAACGGCUCCAUGAGUUUGGCCGUCCCACUGUGGCUGCUGGCAGCAUCCCUGCUCUGCCUACUCAGCAAAUGUUAAUACAAAUCAGAAUUUAAAAAUAAUAUUAAUAAUAAUAAUAAUAAUUAAAAAAACCCAACAUGACAACAACAACACACAAAACAAAACGCGUUAUACAGGAGACAGAGCGAAGAGAGGGGAGAGAGAAAAAAGAGAGGGAGGGAGAGAGAGAGAGAAGACUGUUUCUUUCACAACUGUUGUGUGUUCAGGAGCGAAGAGGGGGGAGAGGAAAAAUUACAGCAAAGGAGACUCAGCAACAUUUAAUCCAAAACCUGACAAGCUGGCUGUCAAGUCACCGACCGUCAAGGAGGCAACACGAAGCAUGGGGGAGAAGGGGGCACCAGCAAGGAUCGUGUCGCCAGAGGAUGCUGCAAUGUAAACAAUCCAACAACACCAAUCGAACAGAAGAUCCCUUUUCUUUUCUCUCCUCCUUCCUCUUUUCCAUACUCCCUCACCUACCUUCCUUCCUUCCUUCCUUCCUCCUCUUUCUGUCUUUUGUGGAAAGAGGUCUUUGCUUCCGUGUCUAUAGCCACUUAACUUUUUGGAUGCCCUGGGUCAUUUUUGUGAGCCUACACUCAGUCAGUUCAUAUUUUUGAAAACAGAAAAAAAAAAGUUAAAAAAAGGAAAAAGAAAAAAAAAAGCCACAAACCAGAGCAAGUCACCUGAAGCUCUCUGCACACUGGUGUCCUGUGAAGAGCCCCUUCCUCUCUUCACUUCACCCUGCACUCCUGUGCACCCAGCCCUUGCCUAAACACCUUCCUUCCUGCCUCCUCCUUCAUGCAACAUCGUGCUUGCUGGCCUGAACUAAAGCUGUGUGUCAGCUCUACUGAACACGUGCUUUUUCUUUUCAUUUUUUCAGUCUUCUUUCUCUCCCCUCUCAAUUUGAGCCGAUGUAUUUCUCCUGUGUAUGCCUGCGUGCGUGUGUGUAUGUGUGACUCUCACUCUAUCUUCUCUUUCUCUUGCUCUCUCUAAGCAUGCAAAAGGAACAGUCCAUGUGUACAUAUGCUCAUCCUGCUAUAGAUAAGGUCCUGCCUCGUAAGUGUGAGACAAGAUGCUCAGAGGUCACUCAGGCAGAGAAGAGGGGUGAGCAGAGAGGGCCAACUGCAACACAAGUUCUCAUGAUGUCCCCUCUCUGGCAUCCUCCCUGGCUUUUUGACUCCUGGCCACCUUGCUUGCAAGAACCAGUCUGCACCCUUGUUUAGCCUUUUACUCUCUCCCACCUGCAACCUGUCUGGCUGUCAGUCUCCAAGUACCAGCAUAGCAGCCCCUGCUACAUGAGUGCUUGCACACAUGCAUGGGGGUGUGCACACAUGUGCAUUUUUUCAAAUAAGCAGAAGAAACCAGGACUGACCUGCAACACUGCAGAGCGCAGAGUGCAGCCACCUACUCCUACCGGGGAGGGAAGGGGGGGGCUAGGCCAGUGGGAUGUGAGUGAUGAGAUCUUCAACAUUGCCAUGCUCUAAUCACCUCCUAACUGUUUUGGUAUUCAUGUGAAAAAUAGAGCCAAUACCCUUUUUUGUUGUUGUUCUUACUGUUCUCCCUGUUAUAAAAGGAAAUGUAUGCAGUGUAUGAGUGAGAGUGUGUGUGUCUGUGUGUAUUGUACAGCACUGUUACUACAGAGCUCACUUUACAAAUUCCACCUUUCAAAUAAAUUGGGUCAGAAAAUGUCCAGGACGUGUGAAUGUAAGAAGGAAAACUAAUGUCAGGUCCAAAAUCCCGGGCUUAUAAUGAAGGUGCUUAAAGUGAUGCAGCAAAGAAGUAGGCAGCACAAUUUCCCCUGCUCGUUUCUCAUCUGAAGGGUGCUAGUCUUGCUGGAGAGGGACAUUGCUUGCUGUCACCCUUCCCAUGGCAGAAUCACAUGCAGAGGUGCUAACAGUAGAUGCUCCAGUGACUCAUGAGUGAGGAGAAGGAAAGGGAAAUAACAGGCUGUAACAAACAGGAAUGAGAAGAUGCUGGGUGGUAGCUGGAAAUUGCCACACUGGCAACAGGUCUGCUGCAAGAGCCAGAAAGAGCAAUGGGAGAGAGGAAGACAACAGUCAUGUACUCCAGUGGCUACAGUGCAUGUGUGCAGGCAGGGGCAGUGGGGAGAAGACUCUUGCAUUCCCUGGCUAGUUACAAGCCCUAGCCUCCACCGCAGCACAGAUGAUAAAACACAGGGCUCAUCAAGUAACCAGCUGGGUUUUUUGGAAGGAGGGAUGUAUAAGGAGGAACUUGAGUUAGCUCA